GGCCGAGCACAGUUGAAUUUCGAAAAUUGAAGGGAGAAGUUAAAAGGAGCUUCAAUAAAAAAGCGAACAAGAUUUUCUUUGUCUAGACAGGAUUGCGAAUUAACAAAGAAAGAAAAAGCAAAAUGUCGAUUGUACCUCUGUUACACUUGGCCCGUGAGUUGGAUCACGAUUAUCGCAGCGAUUGGGAACAUUUGCUGGAGGAUGACUUUGGUUUUGGAGUCCAUGCUCACGAUCUGUUCCAUCCCCGUCGCUUGAUGUUGCCGCACGGUUCCAUCGGUCGUCGCCGAUUCUUACCCUAUGAGAGGAGCCAUGGUUAUGGUCAUCAUCAUCAAUUGGUGCCACGUCGCCCGUCGGGAGGUCAGAACUCUCUUCUGCCCGCUGUGGGAAAAGAUGGCUUUCAAGUCUGCAUGGAUGUGUCGCAGUUUAAGCCCAAUGAGCUGACGGUCAAGGUGGUAGACAAAACUGUAGUGGUGGAGGGCAAGCACGAGGAGCGCGAGGAUGGACAUGGAAUGAUCCAGCGUCAUUUUGUGCGCAAGUAUACCCUUCCGAAGGACUUUGACCCCAACGAUGUCGUGUCGACUGUGUCCUCCGAUGGAGUGUUGACCCUUAAGGCUCCACCGCCACCCAGCAAGGAGCAGGCCAAGUCGGAACGCAUUGUCCAGAUUCAACAAACAGGCCCUGCCCACCUGAGCGUUAAGGCUCCCGAAACAGCCGAGGGAAAAGCUGAAAAUGGCGGCGGCGAGAAAAUGGAGACUGGCAAGUAAGAAGAAAAAAGAAGAAUAUUCGCUGGCGAAAAAGAAGUGAAAGAAGAAACAGGAGUGUUGCAGCGCUGCUCGGAGAGUGCAAGACUAAAAAGGAUACACCACAAACGAACACACCUAUUGUAUUACUCUCUCACUAACUCACACACACACACACACAUCAUCACAUCUUAGACUUAAGCGAUUUUAAACUCCAUUUAUCAUAAAGAAAAAACCCAUUUUAGUCUGUAUGAUUAGGCUAAAAACUGGAGCAUUCAAUGCUCCCCUUGAGUUUAUAAUUUUUGUAACAAGAACAGCCGCAACACUCGGGAGAAUUUUGCAUUUCAUUUGUGAAUAAAAGGAAAAUAUAAAAAAACGCAA